AUGGCUAAGGUAGGGCGGCCGCACCCCUAUGUUUCUCCAACUCCCAAAGUUUCUCUGACGGGUGGGUUGCCAGCUGCAGCACGACCUCCACCCCCAGGUCCUCCUGACCAUGUGCACAUCCUUCAAGACUUUCUGGGCCGCCAUCCUGUGGAUGCAGAAGUUUCAGAUCUGGAUGAAGAAAGCUUGGAUGCUUUGGACUACAGCACCAGCGACCCAAUCACUGACAAAGAAAGAGAUCUGAUCAUGCGUGGUCAUCAUCCUGAUUACAUCUCCCGGAACGUCUAUAAGGAUGUCUGCAGAAUCAGUAUGGACCGAGCUAAGCACUGCAGAAAGGAGUCUGUAUUGCACGAGGCAACUAUGAAGAAGGUUGCGGAGAACAUCAAGAAACUGGAGAACAAUUAUUUUCACUCACUUGAUUUGCUGGACAACUUGCGGAAGGAAAUCUAUGAGCCACAUGCGGAGUCUGUCUCCAAUCCCACCGAGCCUGCAGAAGACAGUGCCCAAAAGUAGAUAGAUCUCUGGUACAGCAUCCUGCAAUUUUGUGAGCUUGACCCCUGGGAGCUUUAAAAUAUUUUGGAAUCUG